AGUGGCGACAUCGUACGGUCGUUUUACGAACUACACUCCUUACUUGUUACUUACGUGUUACCUCAACCUCAAUCAACUCAAUCGAAAUGGCUGACACCGCUGUUGCAUCCGACGCGCCCGCGCCCACCACCCCCGCGAAGAAGCCGAAGGCAUCCGCAGCAGCCAAGAAGCCGAAAGCGAAGCCCACGCACCCGAAGACCUCCGAGAUGGUCAACAAGGCCAUCAAGGACCUGAAGGAGCGCAGCGGCUCGUCUCUGCAGGCGAUUAAGAAGUACAUCGCCGCAUCUUACAAGGUCGACGCUGAAAAGCUCGCGCCUUUCAUCAGAAAGUACCUGAAGAGCGCCGUCGAGUCCGGCGCGCUGAUCCAGACCAAGGGCAAGGGUGCGUCCGGUUCGUUCAAGCUCGAAUCGAAAACUUCCGCAGCCAAGAAGCCAGCAGGCGCCGCCAAACCGGCCAAGAAGGCUGCCGCCGCUAAGAAGCCCGCCAAGAAGGCCGUCGCUGCGUCCUCCGCCGCCGCCAAGAAGAAGUCCGCCUCCGCUUCACCGUCUAAGCCCAAGUCUGCGGCUGCCACAAAGGACAAGAAAGCCGCCGCCGCUAAAAAGAAGCCCGCCGCGAAGGCGAAAAUCGCCACACCCUCAAAGGCUAAAAGCGCCGCACCCAAGGCAAAGAAGACCGCCAAGCCGCCGACUAAGAAGCCGAAGGCGCCCAAACCGAAGAAGGCUGCCGCUCCCAAGGCGAAGCCCGCAGCUAAGAAGUCCUCCGCCGCCGGCAAGAAGUAAGCCGACGACGGUUUUUGUUGUGUUGCUUGCCGCCGCCGCCGCCGCAGUGACUACACGAAGCCAUCGAACGUGCGCCAUCGUGUUCGCACCGUAUGUCGUCGGCACCGUUGGUGGUGUUGUUGUUGCGCUGUUGUAUCAUCUACUCGAUACGCACGCACACGCACACAAUGGGCGACUGACUACACUCGGACGACGAACACACGAGCCACGGUCGGUGAGUGCGCUAAUACCGCACAACAAAAAGCCCUUUUCAGGGCUAACAAACAAUUCGAGAAAACCAAAUUGUUCUCUAUUGUACUUUACUACGACGAUUGUGUACUUACCUACGCCACGACGCAGGUAGGUACUAGGUACAAAAUAUAUUAAAUUAGGAUAAGUACCUA